AUGGGGACGCCACUUCGAGUUUCAACGUUUGAUACUAUGCGAUCUGUCGUAGCUCUCGGUGGUCAAAAGAGAGCUAAUGGAAGUGUCCGUACAACUAGCGGUACGGAGCAAAAAGGCAGCACAUCCGAGGAAGACAGUGCGUGUUUGGAUGUCAGCUUUGUAUUCACGGAAACGGAAUCCGAUGACACGUUCACCAACGAACAGAUCUCCGCUAAAGACAAUGCAUCGGAUUCUGCUAUUUUUGAACAAGAUGACCCGCAAACUCCUCAUCCUCAUGCUCAGCCAGAGACAAUAGAGGAAUAUGGUGUUGUAUGGGCAUCGAUGUGA